AUGCGCCAUCCAGCAGCACCAACAGUCAUCGCCGUCCUCCUUGGCUUCCUAGCUUUCAUGCUCCUAUGGAGUCGACUUCGAGGCGAUAGCCAUCACGAAGGGAACCCACAUCCAGACGAUGUGCCACGCAAGCGCGAUGACGCCCCAGAGGACGAAGAACUCUAG